AGCAGACGUCUCCUGGUGUGGGACAACCCGCUCGCGCGCUGCCUUUUUUUGUCUCUCUCUCUCGGCACUUCCCGCGGCUUUGCAGACCCCCGCAGAGCACACACAACCUCAGAAACGCAGAACCUUUUAUUAUUAUUAUUACUUUUGCUUUCUCCAAGUCGAAGGCAACUUGCCACUUUUCGUUGGUGUUGUUUGAUAGCUCCCUGACAGACGUUUCAGAGGCUGUGCGGUUCUCCGUGCGCGUUUCAAGGCACUUGUGCUUCUUCUUUACAUUUUUGUUUUGUAUUGAGAGUUGCGGGAAGCCGAAGAACGGCGCAGAGGCUCUUAGCCGGUUUCUAAACCGAUUAAUAAGUCGCCUUCUCUGUGCUUCGUUCUCCUCACGCUGAUCUACUUUUCGUCCCUCCAUUUGUGUUUCUACGCUUGAGUGAUAUCCUGCAAGUGUUGUCGGUUUUCUAUCUUCCUUCGUUUAUUUACGCCCCUCCUUCUUUGAGCCGAUGAAGGUCACAUGGUUGUUGCGCCGUUGCGGUGGCGCUGUUGGCGGUCGCACCCUGAUCUUGAUGCGUGCGGCCCAGCGGGCACGAGUCGGUGCCUCGUCGUGGACUUCCCUCGUUGCAGCGAGCGCGCUGAAACGGAAAUCACCGCGACGGCAGCGGCGCUCCUCGCAAGACGGCAACCACAACCACCGCGCUGUUGUUCGUUCAACGACAACUGCCACGUCGCACCUUUCUCUCGCGGAGUUCCACCCUGCCAUUGCUCGAACGUGGAUCGCGGCGGCGUCGAGCAAGAUGCUGCAGCCACAGCACGUCUCGCCCGGUAGCCGCAAGCUGGCGUGGUGGAUUUGCCCUUCCUGUCAACACCAGUACAACCGACGAAUUGACCUGCAUCUCGCAGCCGGUGGGGAGUGCCCAAAGUGCAAGGCGAAGCCCUCGUUACAGCCAACCGCAACAGCAGCGUCACCACAGCGCGGUCUUCAGCGCCGCCGCGGACGUGUUGGGACUGCCGCUGUAGAACGCAAAAAGACUGCCACCCCCCCUUCUCCGUCUGCCGCGGCGGUGGCGGUGAUUGCGCAUCGGUGCCGCCCAGACUCCUCGCAGGCAACCCUCGCGGCGGAUAACGCGAACAUGCUGAGCAAAAGCGUUGCGGAUGAUCAGUAUUUGCGUGUGCGCGAGACGCGUAAUUUGCUGCCCAUGCUGGCGAAGAACUUCGACGACGAAAAAGCAAAGAUCGGUGCGGCGGAGGUGUUACGCGUUUCGCCAAAGCUGGACGGCAUCCGGUGCGUCGUCGCCUACCGCGCCGACACGAAGCAGGUGCUGUUUUUCAGUCGCUCUGGGACGUUGUUUGAGUGCUGCGAUGAUGUGAUUGACCCCGCCGUGCGGCACCUGUUUGAGGUGGAUCCUACGCUGGUGCUGGAUGGGGAACUGUACAACGACUCCAUCAACCUCGCGCAGCUCGCAUUGCUUCAGAAGGGGAAGCAGAGGCCCAAGGCUUCGCGUUCCCCUUCUGACCCGGCCGCAGCCUUCUACGCCACCCUUCUCGCCGCAGCAGCAGGGGGAAAAGAGGGGAGAACAAGUGGCGCGGCCAAAGGCACCAACAAGGCAGGGGGCAACGGAGGUGCUGCGGUCACGGACACUGAGAAGCCGGUGGUGAUUCGUUUUGAGCAGCUCACCUCUGCCAUCCGCACUACGCGGCAGCAUCGCACACCGGCCGUUGCAGCGCUGCAACGGCAGCUGCAGUACCACGUUUUUGACGUCCUCUACGCGCGUGACUUUGUGACCGGGUCGGCCGCAACGGUUCCUUUUAGCAUGCGCCACGCCGUUCUCGAGAAGCUGCUUGCCGAGGCCACCACGUACAACCUGUCGCACAUCCAAGACUACAACCCGCUGGUGCUCCGCUGCGUGCCGAACUACGCGUGUACGCUGGACAGCGUCGACACGGUGCUGCGAGCCGCAAUGCGCGUCGGCUACGAGGGCGUCAUGAUCCGCCGCGAAGGUAAAGGGAAGCACGCUAGUGUGCCGCAGGCGGCGAAGACAAAAGUAAGGCGAGCAGCAGCUGCCACGUCGUCAUCGGCCACUACCUCGACGGCGCCUGCGCCAUCAUCCGGCGAUGGCAGCGGAGGGUACGGCUACGGACAGCGCAGCGGCACGCUGUUGAAGUACAAGGUAAUGCAGGAUGCGGAGUACGUCAUCGUCGGAGCCGUAGAAGGCUCAGGCAAGUGGAAGGGGAGUCUUGGUUCCUUUAUAUGUGUCACGCCCGAUGAACAACAACGCUUCACCGUGACGCCCGCCAGCACGGAUAGCGAGAAGAAGCGCAUGUGGCGGACGUGGAGGCAGGCGUACAAAGGUAAAGCGCUGACGGUGCAGUAUCAAGAGCUCACGCCGGACGGGGUGCCGCGGUUCCCGGUGGGGAAGGGUGUGCGCGGUGCUGCGGAUGGACACGACUGGCUCUAA